AAGUUUUAAAGGGCAGAGUUGUAAAAACUCCCAGGCUGUGGGAGUUCACUUUGACACCAAGUGGACCUGAAUCCGACGAUUGAACCCCCACAGAAGGAAGCAAGCAAGGAAGGAAGGAAGGAAAUAAAGAAAGAAGAAGGAGCGGAAAAAAGCGCCUGGAGCGUUUCAGAGAAACACCAAUUAUUUUGUAUUUCCCUUUAGAGAAGCUGAAGUAGCAGCUUGCUGGAGCGGACUGUGGUCGGCGCAAGAAGAAGAAGAAGAAGAAGAAGAAGAAGAACCUGCUGUGAAUUUCCAUGAUCCUGAAUCCAAUCUUGCUGCAGGAAAAAGGACAUUCACUUUGUCACCAAGUACUCGAUCAGAGUGUUUUCAUCCCGCCGAUCACCGCUGCCCCGGAGGUUUUUGCAGCGCUCAGAAGAAUUAAAAGCAACUCUGUGACGGAAAAAGAAUCGCCAGCGCCACAGAAGCAGCUAUGCAGCUUGAAAUCCAAGUAGCACUCAACUUUAUUAUUUCCUAUUUAUACAACAAACUCCCUCGACGACGUGUGAAUAUCUUUGGCGAAGAGCUGGAGAGGCAGCUGAAGAAGAAAUAUGAAGGCCACUGGUAUCCGGAUAAGCCAUACAAAGGUUCGGGGUUCAGGUGCAUCCACGUAGGGGAGAAGGUUGACCCCGUGGUGGAGCAGGCAGCCAAAGAGAGUGGGCUGGACAUCGAGGACGUCCGAAAUAAUCUCCCUCAGGACCUUAGCGUGUGGAUCGACCCGUUUGAGGUUUCCUACCAGAUUGGGGAGAAGGGACCGGUCAAGGUGCUAUACGUGGACGAUAACAAUGAGAACGGGUCAGAGCUGGACAAGGAGAUCAAGAACAGCUUUAACCCAGAAGCCCAGGUCUUCAUGCCAAUCAGUGACCCGGUCGGAGUCUCCUCAGAGUCCAGCUCGCCCUCUCCUCCCUUUGGACAGUCGGCCGCCGUCAGCCCGUCCUUCAUGCCUCGCUCCACCCAACCCUUAACCUUCACCACUGCCACCUUUGCUGCCACCAAAUUCGGCUCCACUAAGAUGAAGAGCAGCGGCCGCGGCAACAACGGCAGCAACAAUGGUGGCAACGGCAGCAGCGGUGGCAGCAAGUUGGCCCGCACUUCCCCCACCAAUAACCUGGGUCUGAAUGUCAACACCCUGCUGAAGCAGAAAGCCAUCUCCACCUCCAUGCACUCACUGUACGGGCUGGGCCUGGGUCAGCAGCAGCAGCAGCAGCAGCAGAAGGCCUCUGCUCUCUCUCCUAACGCCAAGGAGUUUGUGUUCCCCAGCCUCCCGGGCCAGACCAGCCCCGGAGCCGUGUUCCCCGGCGAGGGCUCCCUGGGACUCGGCCCCCUGCAGUACAACAAUGCCUUUGACAUGUUCGCGGCCUAUGGAAGCCUCAACGACAAGUCUCUCAUGGAUGGCCUCAACUUCAGUCUGAGCAACAUGCAGUAUUCUAACCAGCAAUUCCAGCCGGUCAUGGCUAACUAAACUAAACUAAACUCAACUCAACUCAACUCACCGCCGAGAUGUUAUUUAUGAAUGAUGGUGGCUCAAAGAGAAGGAAAAACAAACCACGCACAUUUAGACAAAAAACAAAACUGGGCUUUUCAAGGACUUGGUGUCUAGUCAGUGAAGCGCAUGUGCCCAAGGGAGUUUUUACCACCCGUCCCCCAGCCCCAUGAGUUUGUUUCUACUGAGAGCUUGUUGUACAAACACAUCCAAGCUUGGUUACUUCAAUUCAACAUGCAUCAUUGUUUUUCCUUUUUCCUUUUUGCCAACCAAGCACAAAUUUUUUUACUAUGACGAGGAAAAAAAAAAAGCUCCUAAAAAGUAAACAAAACAAAAAAGAGAAAGAAAACACAAGCUUCAAGUUCUGGCCUCUUACAGUAUUUUACAGGUGGUAAGACAAGGCUGAUUUUUAUGAAUUGGCACUACUAAGUGGGGUUACUUGGUCUUUUUCUAAUUGUAUAAUUUAAUUUAGUACAGAGUUUGUAAGAUAUCAGAGUAUAUAUUGUUUCUAUGACAUGGUGUUGCAUUUAUAUCUUUUUACUACUCCAGUGAUCUGUGAUGGCUGCAGCAGCUUUUCCUUAUUUUUUUUCCUCCUUUAUUUUUUUUUUUUUUUAAAGAUAAUUGUUAAAGAAAUCCAUCUUUAAAAAAAAAAGCCGAGAAAUACAUCAAAUAUUCUAAAGAUUGUGUACAGAGUAUUCCUUUAGUGGUGGAAUUCAAGUGUAGGAAUAUUUGCUUUUUUUCCUGAAAGAUGAAUUGUAUUUUCUGUUUAAGAGGUUUAAAAAAAGAUUUUUGCUAUACUAUGGACAAAAAUGUAAUCGUAUGAAUAUUAAUUUUGUACCUACAUUGUGCAAUACUUGAUAAAAAAAAUACGGUAUAACAAAGUAUUUUGAGUCAGUGUCUUACAUGUCAAGAGGGACUGAAAUAGUUUAUAUUGUUAAGUUUGUAUUAAAUGCUUAAAAAUGA